CUUAUAGUAAAACCACUUUUAUGAUUGGCCAUUCCAUUGAAUCAACGAGUCCCGUUUUAAAAAUGUUUUAAAAAUUUGACGUUUUGGAUAUGGAACUUCAUCUUUUACGUAAAAAAACCUUAAAAAUAACACUAUUUUACCGUAUUCGUGUCCGUAUCCAAAUGUCCCGCGUCUCUGUAUCCAUAUCCGUGCCACGUAGAGUCACUAAAUGAAGAAAUAUAUAAAAAAAAGAACAAACCAAACAAUUGGAUUAGCAUUUAUUUCUCUUAAUUUCUGCAAAUUACAGUUUGAGUUUCAGAAAAAAGUACAGUUUUGAGGUUUUUGCCACCUACCAGUUCUUGGUUUUUUCCUUCUCUUGUACUAUAUUCUUCUAUUUUCUGUUUACAUGGCUGGGUCAGAACUUGGUAGAUCUUGAGAUUUUUGUUCAAGAAUGGGGAUUCUGGUGAUUCUUUUGGUGGUGAUCAGUUCUAGUUUUUCAGUUCUUGGAUCUUCAGUCCCUCAUCCACCUAAUGCUGGCAGGCCUUCAACUAUUGCACUUCCACCUGCAACAAAGUGGAUCCAUGAUCAUGCACCUUCAAUUUCAACUCACAAAAAUCAUUAUCAUGCAAAGAAUCAUCAUAGGACUCUCGAACCAUAUCAUCGGAAUCCUCCACCAAGUUAUAGCCAGAUAGCUCCUUCGUCGAUACCCUGGAGUUUGCUUGCACCUGCAUUAUCGCCGGCUGAUCACUCGAGCCAUUUUAAUAUGCACAUUCAUCCUCCUGCCGCAUCUCCACUAGGUUCGUACUUGAAGAAACCGAAGGCUCGAAAGCCAUCACAUAUGAUGUCUCUGCCCCCUCCACCUCCUAUGGGAGAUUGUGCAUCAGUAAUAUGCACAGAGCCACUAACAUAUACACCUCCCGGAACAUUUUGUGGCUGUGUAUAUCCCAUCCAAGUUAAACUCCAGCUCGGUGUUCCGAUAUACACAUUCUUCACUUUAGUUACUGAAUUGGCUGAAGAAAUUGCGGUAAGUGUUGCGCUAAACCACAGCCAAGUUCGCAUUAUGGGAGCAAAUGCAGCUAGUCAGCAGCUAGAAAAAAGCAGCGUUCUCAUCAAUCUAGUACCGCGAGGAGUGAAAUUCUCCGAUAAUACUGCAUUUGCAAUUUACAAUAAAUUCUGGAGUAGACAGGUUCUCGUAAAAUCUUCACUCUUUGGCGCCUAUGACGUAGUAUAUGUACACUAUCCGGGUCUUCCGCCCUCCCCGCCUUCACCUUUAAGCAUUUCCACUGUAAAUGAUGAACCGUAUCGUAGCCAUGGCAACAACGGAAUGAUGAGUAAACCUUUAGGAGUUGCUGUGCCCAGGAGGAAAAAAGAAGGGCCUAGUGGAGGCACGAUAACAGUAAUACUUCUAUCCUCUGUCACGGCAUUGAUUAUAAUUCUGGCAAUUUUAUGGCUUUUUCUGUUCAAAUUCGGAAAUUACGCUCAUCGAGAUCAGAAAGUUACACAAGCCUCAGUUGUUUUCCCUGCAAAUCCAUCAGGAACUGCUUUGCCUAUUACGGAUCGGAGCAUGCCCGAUUCUAAAUCGAUGUCCUUAAGUUCUGGUGCGGUGACAUAUACAGGAUCUGUUAAGGUGUUCACCUUGAAUGAAAUAGAGAGGGCUACUAAUAACUUUGAUUCUUCGAAGAUCCUUGGUGAAGGUGGGUUUGGUCUUGUAUACCGCGGCAAGUUAGAUGAUGGAAGAGAGGUGGCUGUGAAGGUCUUAAAAAGAGAUGAUCAACAUGGUGGCCGUGAGUUCUUGGCAGAAGUUGAGAUGCUUGGCCGUCUGCAUCACAGGAACCUAGUCAAGUUGAUCGGCAUAUGCACUGAAGAUCGUACACGCUGCCUAGUCUAUGAACUCAUUCUGAAUGGGAGCUUGGAAUCUCAUUUACACGGAGUUGACAAAGAAACUAGUCUACUAGAUUGGGACGCCCGAAUGAAGAUUGCCCUCGGUGCAGCUCGAGGCUUAGCCUAUCUGCACGAAGACUCCAGCCCAGGAGUUAUACACCGGGACUUCAAGUCUAGUAACAUCUUGUUAGAACAUGACUUCACACCUAAAGUUUCAGAUUUUGGUUUGGCUCGAGCAGCAAUGGAUGAUGGAAACAAGCACAUAUCGACACAUGUUAUGGGAACUUUCGGUUACUUGGCGCCAGAGUAUGCAAUGACAGGGCAUCUUCUCGUGAAGAGUGAUGUUUACAGCUACGGUGUAGUCCUCCUCGAACUCCUAACAGGGCGAAAACCCGUAGACCUGUCCCAACCGCCCGGUCAAGAAAAUCUCGUCGCAUAUGCUCGUCCUCUCCUCGUAAGCAAGGAGGUAUUAGAAACAAUUAUAGAUCCAUCAAUAAAGUCCAUUGUUUCCUUUGAUACUAUAUUCAAGGUAGCAGCAAUUGCAUCAAUGUGUGUGCAACCAGAAGUAUCUCACAGACCGUUCAUGGGCGAAGUAGUUCAGGCUUUAAAGCUUGUAUGCAACGAGUUUGACGAAGCAAAAGUGCAGAGUUCGAGAAGUCGUAGCCAUGAGAAUCUUCUGGCUGUUUUAGAUAGCAAGAGAAGUAGUGUUUCGGGGGAGAUUAUAAAAUGUUCGGAAUCUGGUAUUUACGCGCUGCCGUUGUCCAUAUCGGGAUUGAUGGCUACACCGGGACUCGAGGGGCGGGAAUUCGGGUCUUUCCGGAGGCAUUCUAGUUCAGGGCCUAUAAGUACAGGAAGGAGAAGACAAUUCUGGCAGAGACUAAGAAGUUUGUCUAGGGGUAGCAUGAGUGAGCAUGGAUAUUCACUUAAAUGGCUAGGAACAAGUUAGAUUUUGCCAAACUAGUUUCAAAAUUAUACAAAAUCUAAAACUGAAAAUUCAACAAUAUUAUUUGGAAUUUUGUAUUU